AUGGCCAAGGUUCCUCGUAACUUUCGCCUGCUGGAAGAGCUCGAGAAGGGUGAAAAGGGUCUCGGCGCGGAGGCUUGCAGUUAUGGUUUGGAGGAUAGCGAUGACCUUCUGAUGAGCAACUGGAACGGCACUAUCCUGGGACCUCCUCAUUCUGUACACGAGAACCGAAUCUACAGUCUCAAGAUGCACUGCGGUGAUACCUACCCCGAUGUUCCUCCCAAAAUACAGUUUGUUAGCCAGGUCAACCUGCCCUGUGUUGACCCCAAGAACGGCAUUGUCGACCCCUCGAUGCUUCCCUGCCUCGCUCAAUGGAAGCGUGACAAUACCAUGGAGACUAUCCUGAUAGAGCUCAGACGAUAUAUGGCUGCCCCAAACAACAAGAAGAUUCCUCAGCCCCCAGAGGGUUCUACCUACUCAUGA